CUUUGUAUUUUGUAAAAAGUCGCAUCUGCUGUUUUAAGAAAUAUGGAAAUCCCAAUAAUAGAGUUGAACAACGGAGUCAAAAUGCCAAUGGUUGGGUUGGGCACCUCUAAAGCAAAGAAACCCAACGAACUUCGAGAAGCUGUGAAGGUCGCUAUUGAUGCCGGGUAUCGUCACUUUGACUGUGCUUGGAUUUACGGCAAUGAGAAAGAGGUAGGAGAUGGUAUAAGGGACAAAAUAGAGGAUGGGACGGUUAAAAGGGAGGACCUGUUUAUCGUGAGCAAGUUAUGGCGAGCUUAUAGUCGACCUGAGCUUAUGGACGAAUGCUUUAACGAAUCUUUACGUCGGCUUGGUGUCGAUUACUUCGAUCUUUACCUUGAGCAUUUUCCAAAUCCUACCAUGCAUGGCGGACCUGGAGUUCUAGAACUUAUAGAGAAUGGUAAAAGCGUUGAAGACUUAAGCAUUGAUUACGUCACAGUGUGGAAGAAUAUGCAGAAAUAUUUAGAAUCUGGAAAAGCACGCGCGUUGGGUGUUUCCAACUUUAAUGAAUUCCAGAUGUCUCGUUUGUUACGUGAGUGUGACGUCAUACCGGCUGUCAAUCAAAUCGAAAGUCAUCCUUAUCUCAACAAUGAUAAACUCGUUAAAUUGUGUCAAUCCCGACACAUUGCGGUGGUGGCGUAUUGCCCACUUGGGUCAGCUGAAAGGAUUAACGUUAGUACUCUCGGGUCCCCUCUACUGGAUGACCCUGAGCUGAACCACAUUGCUCUCAGGUUAGGGAAAACCCCUGCUCAAGUCGCGUUGCGUUUCAACAUCCAAAGAAAUAUCCUGGUGAUUCCUAAAAGUGUAACGACAUCGAGGAUAAAGGAAAACAUGGACAUCUUUGAUUUUAAGUUGACAGACGACGACAUGAAGGUUAUCUACGGGUUGAAUCGAAACAGAAGAUAUCUUACAGCUCAUUUUUAUAAUUUCUAUGCUCACCAUAAGUUUAACCCAUUCAGGGAAAAUUAUAAUGAAGAUUAGACCAAAGUAAAUCUAUAGCAAUUAUUAGGACAAUGAAACAACUCGGUUUAAAUUCAAAGUCCAUUGGAUUGCAGUAAUUAAGACAUUACCCAUAUAGAAUAAAGACUUGCGAAUAUAUAGGAUCCAAACCUACAUGAACAUGGCCUACUAUGGGGACAUGAUAGGAACAAAUCAAAUCACUCUACUUUGGUCCUAUUUUUACCCCAUAGUAUGUUAGCACUAUAUAUGGUUAUUUACUGGUAAUCCCUUCGCUUGGUUUAAUUUAUUUGACCUAUGUUAUCAUAUUCAAAAAAAUAAAAAAAAUCAUCUUA